AAAGAAUCACUUUUUCCCUCCAACCUAUUCACUGCUCACGUUCUCUCAUCCUUGUCUCUGUGACACACCAAGAACGAAGAAGACAGCCACAGCCGUUUUGCCUCUUUCCGCGGUGCUCCGCCUCUGUUUCUCUGACCUUCCUUCGCCGGCGCUCCUUCUUCUCACCGUGCUGCAAACGAAGCACAGACAAAAAUACUCUCGUAUUAUUUCAUCGAACACUUGAAAGUUGAAAGGCAUAGGCAUAAGUCAUAGAUAAUGGGGAAGAAGAAAUUCAUUGACAAGAAAAAUGCUGCUACUUUCCAACUUAUUGCUCGUGACUCCUCGGACCCGGCAUUCUCCACGUCAGACCGCGUCUUCAUCCGAGUCGACAACAAUCCCCUUUCCACUGACUCUAUUUUUGACGAUGCCCCCGAGGACAUUGAUGAUGAUGAGAGCCUCAGUGAAGGUGAAGGUUCGUUGCCGGAGGAUGUGAGGAGGGAAAUUCUAGAACUAGGGUUUCCAGAUGAUGGAUAUAACUACUUGAAUCAUAUGAGGGAAAUUAAGAAUACUGGUGGUGGUUCUGCUUUCUUUCACAAUCCCAAGUUCAAGCUUCAACACGUUCCUCAUGAUAUUAAGGCGUAUGAUGCUUCGAGAUUACCAAUUUCAGAGGCGGAUAGAGAGCCUGAGGAAAACACUAUAUACACUGUUGCAGCCAAGACUACCAGCAUAAGGGUUCAGAAAGCAAUUGAUCCUGAAGUAGCUGCGCUGCUUGAUGAUACUGAUUUGUCACGGUUUGGUUCUGAUGAAGAUUUGGAGGAAGACUUUGUUGUACAAGCUAACCUUGGUGAGGAUGAAAAUGAUGAAGAUAAGGAGCUUAUAUGCAAUGGUAUGAAUUUUUCUGAGGAAUCUAUGAUAGCUAGAAGCAAAAACAAUGCACAAGUACUGCAAGAUUUUGAUCAUUCCAAAGUUAUAGAUGACUGUGGAUCUCUGGAUGGGGUAACAAAUGGCGUAGCAGGAGAGGAUCGUGCUGGUGACAAACCGAGAGCUCGUCGUCUGUUGGAUGAUCAAUUUGAUUUACUUGAAUGUCAAGAGUAUGGAACCGACGAUGAUGGUGAACUUUAUGAAAAUUAUCAAGCUGAAGAUGAGUUCCUUGCUGAGAAGCUCAAAGGCUCUCUUAACAACCAUGCGAUGGACAGCCUAGAACCUGAUGACGACAAGUACAGGGUUCCUGCAGAUUUAUUGAAGAAAAACGAGACCCCAAAUAGUGAGGAGCAAGAGGACUUUGCUGCUGAUUUGAUUCGCCGUAUUAAGGAAUAUGGUGAGGGGUAUGACGUUGAAGAUGAAGAUAAGGAUGUUAUACUUGUCGAAGAAAGUAGUGAUGAAUCAGAAGUUUGGGAUUGUGAGACUAUUGUUUCAACGUACUCAAAUCUAGAUAACCACCCUGGUAAGAUUGAAGCUCCUGGUGUAGCUAGGAAAAAGAAAUUGGCUGAAACAAUGUCUGCAGCCUUGAAUUCCUCUAGUCAAAUAAUAUCCCUACGCGGAAAAGAGAAACUCCCUGUAGACUUCUUGCCUGGGGGUAGAAAACCUUCUACCGAAAAGGUUAAAGGCCUGAGCAAUGCAAAUACUGAACAGUACACGAGAAAACAACAUGGCCUAGAGUCAAAGGAGGAGAAGAAAGAACGAAAGGCUGCUGUAAAGGAGGAAAGGCGUGAGGCACGACGUGUUAAAAAAGAAAUGAAAGAGCUUUAUAAGGGUGAAGCACAUCGGGCACAAAGAGCUGCUGCUGUAUCUGGUCCUUCUUCCAUUCAUCUCAUGUAACUUAAAAAUUACAAGUACCAGCUUUUUAUGCUAUCUCAAUUCAGGAAGCUCUAUGACAUAAGGUAAAGCAUAAAUCAGUAUUUGUUUUUGCAGAAUGAGUGUUUGGAUUUGUUUUUUAGAGCAAAGUCCAACAACCGUCUCCUUUUGUUUUUGCUUAAUUAUAGACAAAAGAAUAUGUAAAUAUGUAAUACAUUUUUUUAUUUAUAUUUCUGGGUGUUUGAGUAAA